GUCACGAAACACAAGAGAAACAGAUGCGCUGCGAUAAACACACAAUGUAAUGUACUGAGCCGAUGAGGUGAACUUAGUUCGUCGUUUAAGAUAGCAGACAGCAUUCGCGAAUACGAAUAAGACAACAGUCUGUCUGUGUCGUAGACUUACACUUCUCACAGACCAUGUUUCCCUCUUGUUUUCCGUGGUAUUCGCUUCAAAUUGUGGGAAUUUAUAUCACAACUGGCGAAGGCCUAUUCUUGACGCUAGCUUGAGUGCUAUGGUUUGUAAACUUCCGGUUCUUGAUGACGUAUACUCAUCGAAUCGUGUCAAGGUGACGGGAUUUGAUUGGCUGACAACCAAGUCGCUCAACCGUACGCAAUAAAAGCACCCGCUUUCGGUUUUAGUUUGACUUUUUAAAUCAUCGUUCAAACAUGUUGUAUUUUGUUGUGUUCGUUGUAACGAGUAAUUUAGUCUGAUACAUAUUGGCAUCUGUAUUUGCUUUGCUUUCUUUCAACGUCGGACUUGUGUGGGCGUGUAAUUGUGAAAUUCAAACGGAAGUAUGCCGGACUCCAUUUUUACGGAAGUCAAGUCGAGCCUUCGAUGGACGUUGUAACACUGUUCAUUCGUUGUUUUGUUAUCUUAGCGGCUUAAUUUAACUUUAUUGUACUUUUGUUUUGUUCCCUUGCCAUUGACACUCACUGCCAUGUGGGACCAUGAGAUCCGAGCGAUGGCGAGCGCCCACGCCAUCAUCGCCGCCUCGGUGUUUGUGGCGACCGUGGUGCCCGUCGCCGUCGUUCCGGGUUUCUCGGUGUACGGAACCCACCUUCUGUGGCUCUACUUGGUGUCCGGAGCUGUCACCUUGGUCAGUGUCGUCAUCUUCUGGCUGAUCGGCAUCUCCCCACCGACCAAGAAGCACACGCUGGGAUACAAGCUGUCCAGGUUGUUCCGUUCCUGCUUGUACUUCUUCCUGUCCUGCUUGUUCUUUCACACUGUGGUGGUUCUCUACGGCGCUCCACUGAUGGAAUCCGCCUUGGAGACCUUCUCCCUGGCCGUGCUCCUGUCCUCUCUCACUACCCUGAGGUGUCUGUGCGUCCUUGGCCCAAACGUCCAGGCUUGGAUUCGAGUGUUUAGUCGCCACGGAGCCAUGUCCGUGUGGGACACCUGUCUCCAGAUCACCGUGGCCUUUACGGUGGUGGGGGCCUGGGUGGGAGCCUUCCCGAUUCCUCUCGACUGGGACAAGCCUUGGCAGGUUUGGCCAGUUUCCUGCAGCCUGGGCGCCAUGUUGGGCUACCUGUCGGGUUUGGCGGUGGCGCCGGCGUGGAUCCACUACCAUCGCAAGCAGCUCACCUACAAGUGUAAAUAGAUGGGCACGGUUGUUUUCUUGUUAUUUAUUUGGAACAUUUAAUUCCGAUGAGAAGGGCCACUGUCAUACAGGGGUGUCCAAAUGCUUUCCAGAAAAAUAGAAGGCUGCGGAUCCAAUGUUGAUCAAUACAUGCCGAGCUAUCUCACAUUAGCUUUGCAUAGUAGGUGACGAAGCAUUUGAGUGUACUAUUUCAUUAUAUACUGUAUCACAUGAACAAUGAAUUCAUGAUUCUUUGUUUUUUUAAUAAAAAAAACAAGCUGGAAGCCGAAAAUGGCACUUUGGACACCCCUGCUGUAAUAAGUCAACAACAUGAGCAAUAAUUUUGUACAGUACAUAUGAGGAAUGAUCUUUUUUUUACUGGAAUAAAACAUGACUUUGA